AUGAGUAGAACAGAAGAUCAUUUGAAAAUCACUCCAGCUAUACAACUAUCCGUGGGGGAGUGUCCAAUUUAUUUUCAAGAACCAUGCACAUCUAACAUGGUAAAAUUCCUACUCUCUUUGAGAAUUGGAGAUAGUACUACCAUCAACUCCUUGGAUCCCUACAAACCACAACUACCUAGAGAGUAUAAUGUUCUAGUUCCCUUGAAAAUCAUUAUCCAUGGAUAUGGAGGGUUGUCUGUAGACAUUGCUACAGGAAAUGUCACCAAAGCUUAUCAGGAAGUGGGCUACAACGUAAUUAUAGUUGAUUGGGAGCCUUUGGCGUCCUUGCCCUGCUACCCUACUGCAUUCUUGAACACUUGGCACGUGGGACAAUGUCUGUCAAUUCUAGUUGUCAGUUUACUACCACUAGGAAUUAGUCCUGGCUUCAUUCACGCCAUUGGGUUCAGUCUUGGAGCUCAUGUGGCAGGACUCGCAGGGUCAAAUUUGAAAAAUACUCUAGGAUACUCUUUUAGAAGAAUAACUGGUUUGGAUCCGGCUCUGCCAUUUUUUGCUACACUAAAAAAUGAAUGGAAGCUGGAUCCUACCGACGCCAACUUUGUAGAUGUAAUCCAUACUAAUGCUGGAGCUUUUGGAAAAGUAGAAGCGACAGGUCAUGUAGAUUUCUACGUAAAUGGAGGUUCCUUGCAACCACACUGUUAUAAAGCAAGAUAUCCUCCUCUGUGCAGUCACGCUGCGGCCGGCUUGUACUUCGCAGAGUCGAUUCGAAGGAAUAGUAAAAAAUUCAUCGGGGUAGAGUGCGAGAAUAUAGCCAGUUACUGGCUGGGAUGGUGCACGUCCGGUAAAAGGGCUGUCAUGGGGGAGUUUGCAACUUUCACGACCAGAGGCACGUACUAUGUGACUACAUCCGAGAAACCCCCAUUUGCUUUGGACCGUAUUUGA